CUAAGUCGGAUUACCACCAUUCCUGGACAACCUCCAACUGCCGCGAAGACCACAGCAUCGUCAUUGGCUUCUAAUUUGGGUCCGACCUCUGGACACAUCCCUUCAUGCCUUCCUCCACCGCCUCUCCUGGAGCCAAUUCUCUUUCGAACUACACCUACACCGGCUCCCGCACCUGUUCAGCCUCCACCCAUAUCAUCGCAUCUUACAGAAUUGGCUGGAGUGAUACCAACUUCUUCGUCAUCGUCGUCGUCUUUAUCUUCUCGUCGUCAACACUGCGAGUCCGUAUUGCAAGCUACAUCUGAUAAAAGGCCCUCAGGUUCAACGCUAUCUGUUGUUACAGCUCCGGUCAUUUCUGUUCCUAGUACUCUUGGACCUUGCUCUAGUUCUCUGAGUAAUCGAGCGAAAAAAGUUUCACGUAGACGGCGCCAACCGGGUGGACCAGCGCUGGUUCCAGCUGGCUCUAAUCACAUCUAUGCGACAAAACAUACUCAGCCAGUGGUUUUGAGUGCUGCGGGCAGCUCUUUCUACUAUAAUAAUAAUGACGAACAAAUUUGGUUCUGCCCUGUUUGCUUGCUUGAGGAUGAUGGCAAUCUUAUGAUCGGUUGUGACCGUUGUGACGAUUGGUAUCACGGCGCCUGCCUUGGCCUCUCUAAAGAGCCAGACGUUCCCCAGUGGUUCUGCCCCAAGUGCUCUGGUCAACCUUUACCUCCAGCUCCGUUACACGUCGUUGCAGCUGGUCUUCAGCCGGGCAUAAUUACUGGUCUCUCUGCCUCACCUGCUCUACUUGCAAGCCAAACUUCCCGCGAUAUCACAGCAUCCCAAGCCCCGGCUACGAAUCUAGCGUCUACAUAUCAUGUACAUUCUCACCAAAUACAACCUUCGCAGCCGAUGUCAAUUUCUACUUCCGGCCAACCAGAUAAAAUGGCUACCGGAGCGCUCUCAGUUGCUGUCAGUGGACAAUCUGUCGUUGGGCCGUCUUCAUCCAGCUCCACCUCUAGCCAGAGGCGGCGUACUAGCGAAGGGGGUAAUGAGGCCAAGCGUCGGCGCAAACAUUGA